AUGAAACGCGACUCGAAACGGCAGCCCAAGAAAGAGGCCGGCCACGGGCCGCCAGUCCCGGGCAAACCGCCUGUUUUCGCGCCCGACACGCACGGCCGGCGGUACUGGCUGGUCAAGAGCGAGCCAAUGCCCCGCGUGGACGCCAAGACGGGCAAGACGGUCAAGUUCUCGAUCGCCGACCUGGCGGACGUCGAGCGCGAGCCGUGGGACGGCGUGCGCAACUGGGAGGCGCGCAACUAUCUCAUCCAGAUGGCCAAGGACGAUAUCUGUCUAUUCUACCACUCCAAUUGCAAGAACCCGGGGAUUGUCGGACUGUGCAGGGUGGCCGAGACGGCCAAGCCGGACGAGUCGCAGUUCGACCCGAAAUCGCCCUACUACGACGCCAAGGCGACAAGGGACCAGCCCCGGUGGUGGUGUCCCGCCGUGGCCUUUGUGUGCCUGCUCAACAGAAAGCUGAGUCUUCCGGAGCUGCGCACGGCCAAGGGUCUCGAGGACAUGUAUCUGCUGAAACGGGGCCGUCUGAGCGUGACUCCAGUGAGCGAAAAGCAUUUCUGGCGUCUCAUGGAGCUGCAGCAGGGCGACGCCGGCGACGACGCGGAGAUGGACUGUGAAACCAAAGGUCUGCGUCGCUACGAGAAAAAAUUGAUCAUAUAG